AUGUCGCUUCCCGAGACCUAUCGAGCGUUUAGACGUACUACGGGCGAUCUUCCAAGGACCAUUGAACUGUCUACUGAGAAGGUACCACGAGAGCUUGGACUAAAUGAUGUUUUCAUUAAAAUUCACGCUGUCUCUCUUAACUUCCGCGAUGUUGCUAUGCUGAACGGGCUGUAUCCGGUGGAAGUGGAGGAGCGAGGCAUUCCUUGCUCUGACGCUGCCGCUGAGGUUGUGGCAAUUGGGUCGGCGGUUAAAGAUUUUUCUAUCGGAGAUCAUGUCUUGGUUAUAUUUGACCUCACCAAUAUGACGGGAUACGAAGAUGAGCUUCCUUGCGCCCUUGGUGGAGAGACCGCUGGUGUUCUCCGUGAAUACGCCAUUUAUCAAGACAAGCAUCUGGUACAGCUACCUAGGUAUAUACCCUGGGAAGAGGCGGCUACUAUCACCUGCGCUGGCGUCACGGCAUGGACGUCUCUUAACGGCCUGACUACGGUAUCCAAGUCACGCAGCGCCCUCCUGCAAGGUACGGGAGGCGUCAGCAUGUUUGCCCUGCUACUCUGUGUUGCGGCGGGCAUCCAACCAAUCAUCACAUCUUCGUCCAACGAGAAGCUUGAAGCCAUUAAGAAACUCGGCUCUGAAGUCCGCGGUAUCAACUACAAAACCACCCAGGAUCAAGCAUCAGAAAUCAGGCGCCUGACAGACGGCCGGGGCGUCGAUUUUGUUAUCAACAACACCGGUCCAGCGUCUAUUCCCAUGGAUAUUAGCUUCUUGCGUCAGCGAGGCGGUACGGUGUCCCUGGUUGGAUUCCUAGAUGGUAUUGGUGGUGACUGGCAGCCUGCUGCUAUUAUGGCAUUGAUGGGGAAGUCUGCUAGAAUUAAAGGAAUUGCUACUGGCUCUAAGGAGGAUUAUCUGAGCCUGAAUCAGUUCCUGGAAAAGAAGAGGGUUUCCCUUGCUCCGCUCGUGGACCGUGUUUUCUCGUUCAAUGAGUCGCCAGCAGCUUUUGACUAUCUUUAUUCUGGCAAGCAUGUAGGAAAGGUUGUUAUCAAAAUCUAG